CAACCGCUGCACAAUAGCUGCCGACUCAGUCUCAAGUCGUUGGUACAAGGCGAAGGUUGUGUGCGAGUGGGAUUUUAAUAAGUAAAAAAUAAAAAAUAUAAUAAACUAAACCACGUUCACAUAUAGCUUUUACUAGAAGAUGGGAUUUCUGAAUGUGUUACCAAGCGCUGACUAUUUUCGGGACAUUUUGGUGUUGGCCCUGGUUUCGGGCAUCGUUGCCACACUUUUGAGUGUUCGCUUCUAUUUGCGCAUUACAGCCGGCAGAUGCUUCACGGAGACUAAAAUGGAAGGCAAAACAGUUAUCAUCACAGGCGCUAACAGCGGCAUUGGCAAGGAGACGGCACGCGAUUUGGCCAAGCGGGGAGCGCGCAUUAUAAUGGCCUGUCGAAAUUUGGAGACCGCUAAUGCUGCAAAAGAGGAGAUCAGCAAGGAAACUGGCAACAACCAAUUGAUUGUGAAGAAAUUGGAUUUGGGAUCACAAAAGUCGGUACGUGAGUUUGCCGCCGACAUCGUGAAGAAUGAACCGAAGAUCGAUGUACUUAUACACAAUGCUGGCAUGGCGCUCGCUUUUCGUGGCCACACCAGUGAAGAUGGCAUUGAGUUGACAAUGGCCACUAAUCAUUACGGUCCUUUCUUGCUUACCCAUUUACUGAUUGAUGUGUUAAAGCGGAGCGCCCCUUCCCGUAUUGUUAUUGUUGCUUCUGAACUUUAUCGCUUUGCAUCAGUGAAUUUGGACAAACUCAAUCCGAUCGGCACAUUCCCGGCAGCAUAUCUGUAUUAUGUGUCGAAGUUCGCCAAUAUUUACUUUGCACGUGAGCUGGCCAAACGUUUGGAGGGUAGUGGUGUAUCAGUGAAUUUCCUGCAUCCCGGCAUGAUCGACUCGGGCAUUUGGCGUAACGUGCCUUUCCCGCUGAAUUUGCCUAUGAUGGCGAUAACGAAGGGAUUUUUCAAGACCACGAAAGCGGGUGCCCAGACUACUAUCUACCUGGCCACCUCGGACGAAGUGGCUAAUGUGUCAGGCAAAUACUUCAUGGACUGUAAAGAGUCGACCUUGAGUGCAGCAGCUAUGGAUGAGGAAAAAGGUCGCAAGCUGUGGGAGGAGUCAGUGAAGCUUGUAAAGUUGACGGCGCAAGAUCCAAAAAUCUAAAGGAAUUUUUCACUUUCAGUCCUUAACGAUGCAAGCUUUUUUAUGAAAUAUCUACAAGUAAUUUAAGUUUAGAGUGUGCAAUAUGCCUUUUUAAAUGAAUGUUGAAAUAAAGAUUUUAUCACUUUGAA